ACUGUUGUUGACAGAGCUCAGACUAGUUUCCGCCUCUGAGCAACACUGUCGCUGUGACUGAGAGCUGAAAAUGGCACAGAUAGCAGCUCAGCUGGAUCGGGAACUCUUCUGCUGUUCUAUCUGCAAGGAUCUGCUGAAGGAUCCAGUGACUAUUUCCUGUGGACACAGCUACUGUUUGAAUUGUCUUAAAAUCCACUGGGACAAAGAGGACAAGAAGAAAGUCUACAGCUGCCCCGACUGUGAGCAAACCUUCACACCGAGGCCUGUCCUGGAAAAACACGCCGUACUGGCUGGUUUAGUGGAGGAGCUGAAGAAGAUCAGUCUCCAAGCUGCUCCUGCUGACCACUGCUAUGCUGGACCUGAAGACGUGGCGUGUGAUUUCUGCACUGGGACGAGACUGAAAGCUGUCAAGUUCUGUUUGGUGUGCGUGUUUUCGUACUGUGAGAAACACCUGCAGCCACAUAAGGAGUCAUCUGCAUUAAAGAAACACACGCUGGUGGACCCCUUCAAGGAACGCCAGGACAACAUCUGCUCCCAUCACGGUGAGGUGAUGGAGAUGUUCUGCCGUACCGAUCGGCAGCGCAUCUGUUACCUCUGCUCCGUGCAUCAGCAUAAAGGCCACAAUACAGUGGGAGAGAAUAAGAAGGAAAGGACUGUGAACCAGCGAAAGAUCAACUCGAGCCGACGAAAGCUGCGGCAGAAACUCCAUGCCAAACAGGAGGACGUGAAGGCACUUGCAAGGAAGGUGGAGGUCUUCACUUCCUCUGCCGAUAAGGAAGUGGAGGAGACCGAGAGGGUCUUCAAUGAGCGGAUCAAUUUCUUGCAAAAAAGAAGAACGGAGGUGCAUCAGCUGAUCAGAUCCUGGCAGGCAGCGGAAGUGAAGCGAGUAAAUGAGCGUCAGGAGAAGGUGGAGCAGGAGCUCGCCGAGCUCAAGAGGAAAGAGGCUGACCUUCUCGCACAGAGAGAAGCUCUCAAUGAGCAUCCUGAGUAGAGAGAGUCUGACUGAGCGCAGUUACUGUAAAUUUGGAAUUAAUGACAAAUCUUGGGCGCUAGAUUUUUUACAAAAAGUUAUAACUUUGGUCAUAAUAAAACUAGCACUGGAUUCCCAGCUCCUGUAUCCUCCUCCAGAGAGGGAGUGGACCUGGAUCAAAUAGCAAGAUAUUCUGUCAUUCCAUAGUGUCUCUGACACAUGACUCUCCUCCAGAGACUCCACACCUCAUUCCUUUCAGCCUCUCUAUGCUGGAGUUGACUUUUAUUUAAACUCCAGAACUCUUGUCUUCUCGGCCCAAUUGUGUUAGUCAGAAUAAGUGACAUGCAGAGUACAGACAAACAGAGGACAUCCCUGCUCAUCUGGGAACUACGGUGGCCUUCAUAAACCACUUUCCCACUCCACAGUUUACCAUCAUCGUAAAGCCACUCACCAUCAUUGGUGUAGUAAGCUCAUGCUUUGGACCUCUUAGAACAUAUUUCCAAUCCAUUUCUAAGCAUGGUCACGUGAGUUCACUCAUUGCGUAGUCCUUCAGCUAUAGCUGUGUUUAGAUCUCAUGUUGCCUAGUGACAUUUCUGCUGCGACAGACGGAGGCAACAACACUGUGCUCGUAAUGCGAGACGGCUGCAAACAGGUUGUACAGGGAGCACGACUGAAAUGACAAAGAACAGCCCACGAAAGCUUCACAAAGGAAUGAUUGUGUUUAAUACAAAACUAUUAUCAUUCUGUUGUUCAAGAGUUUUAUGGGGGGAAAAAAAAUCACACACAAUUGCUCCCUCAGUCAGGUCUGGUUUUCAGAUGACGGAUGCAGCACAAAUCGUGUUAUAGUGUUUCAUUUCACACACAAAAAAACAAACUACAGCUUUAUGUUAUAAGUUAUAAUGCUUUUUUACAUUUAUGAUUAGGUGUCAUUCAGAAUCAGCUGUUUAUUGCAGAUUUGUACAUAUACACUGUAAAUACCAUUUAUAGCAUUAUAGCAGGUUUUACAUAAUGAUCACUUUUCCAUGUGGCCUGAAUUGAGCUUCUCCUAUUUCAAAGACCAGCAACCACCAGUAACUUACACACAUACAUCUAUGGGCAAUAAAUAAUCUUUCAGUUAUCUGACUAAUUAUUUAUAUCACCUGUAUCCAGCACAGGGUUUUGUCCUGUUUGUGUGUCACGCAUCUGUCUCUAUCAUAGACAGUUUGUCCUGACUUUGCAAAGACAGAAUUGUGUAAAUUACGUUUCACGUUUGUUUGUUCGACAGUCCUCGUGUCGCUGUUGUCGUUUCCCCACAUCAGUUGUUUUUUUUUAACUGCAAAUAAAAAAUACAUGUCAAAGUU